GAUGUCUUUUUAUUUGUUUUCAAUAUUUACAUUAUCUCGGCUUAUAGACCUCCUUCUUAUGAUUUUAAAAAUAAUUUAAAAAAGAAAAGAAAAGGAGAAAUAUCCAGCAAAAAAGAAAAAAAUCCAAAAUUUGAGAAACAAAUCUCCCUCAAAUUUUGUGAAAAAGAUCCCAGUCGAUUUUCUGUUUUCACGAAUCGAAUAAACCGCCUCCGAGCCCCAAGUUAAUUCCCAAACCACCCCCACCACCUUCUUCCCCAAGUCUCAUCUCCCCUUGCAUCCUCACCGUCCAUCUCAUCAACAAACUCUUGUCUACAGCUCGUGUGUACUGAAGGCUGAAUCCUUCCAGGACACGUUCGUAAUUCUUCAAAGUCCCGCACCCAUUUUCGUCCAAUCAAAAUUCAUCCAACUAAAUGCCAAAACUACCCGGAUUUUGCAAUCGUCGGUGACAAUAAGAGCCCAAGAAUUCCGUCAAUGGAGUGGCAGCCGCAGCCGCAGCCGGAGCUGGUGGGUGUUGCCCCGAUGACCACCGUCCUCCUUCACUGCGCCGACCUGCUCGGCGCCUACGACCUCGCCGGCUGCCGCAUGCACGCGCUCACCGUCCACCACUCUGAUCCGCGUCACCCCGGUCCCGUCCAGGCACUCGCUAUCGUCGACGUCCUCCUCGCCUCAGAGAAACGCCUCCGUCACGGUCACCGCGACUGGUACUCCAUCCUCCAGGUGCGGGCCACCUCGCGUCCUGAGGUCGUGCGGGCCCAGUUUGCUAGGCUCGUCCACCUCCUGGACCCGACCAAGAACAAGUUCCCUUUCGCCGAGUACGCGGUAGGGCUCGUCGUGAACGCAUAUCGCGUCCUCUCCGACCCGGCGGCGAAGGCCAAGUACGAUGCGGAGGUGGCCCCGCCGGCGACGUUCAACACCGUCUGUCCGUACUGCUACUACAUCUUCGUCUACAAGAUUACGUACAAGGACCGCUGCCUCCGGUGCCAGAGCUGCCGGAGGGCUUUCCACGCUGUUGCUGUCGACGGGCCGCUGCCGGAAAUCAUCACAAUCGUGGGUGCGGACGGCCGCGUGGAGGAGGGGUAUUGUUGUCGCCUGGCAGGCUUCCACCUCCAGUAUCAGUUGAAUCCCGACGUGUUGGAAGCCGAAAAGUCGGGCGACGCCCCUUUUGUGAAGGUACCAUCAAUGGAAGAAGAAGUAGUACGACGACAAGGCGGCCUUGGAGGUUCUAAUGGGGCUGGAGGGGCGGUGAGAGUCGAAGUCCCAAAGGAUGAGCAAAGGCCGAGGAAGAUGAGGGUGAAGACUACAGCUAAAACCACAAAGAAGAUGAUGGGAAGAGGAGUUGGAAAUCCAAUUCUAGCCCCACAACCGCAAACUAACAAUGAUGCCGAUGGGAUUGUUUCGGAGGUUAAAGAUGGCGAUGGUGAUGGCUUUGAGGAUGACUUCAAGUUCACAUUCGAGGGCGAUGACAUUUUUGUCGAAUGUUUCAGCGGCAGUCAGAUGGUUCUUUGAUUUCAUGUGGACAGGUUAAAGAGAAAGCAGAGCUGCAGAUAGUUAGAUGUAUAGAAAAUGGGCAUCUCUUUGUUCAUUGGGGUAAAGGAUGGUCAUGAAGCUUUAGGAUGUGCACAGAAAGCUUGUGAAGCUAAAAUGAUCAAUGCACCUAAUGUUUUUUUGAGGUUA